GGCAAGGUAGCCUUAAGGAAGCAGUGGGCGGGAUUUAUAUCCUCAAUUCCAUCCAGUUAAUACUUUGGUUUAUAUUUCAAUGUUUCUCGCCAGUUCUCCCUGUUAAUGACACUCGUCGUCGCAGACUCUCUACCAUUGCAAAUUCAUAUAAUAUUAUAAUAUCUCACAGCUAUCUGAAUCUUCGACAGACAAAUGGCGCAACCUCCCUUCCAGCAGCAGCCUUCUUAUGGGGGCCAGCCUCUCUACCAAGGUCAGGGAGAUCCUAUGAUGCAUCCCACAGACCCAAACGAUCUCGGCAUGGAGAAUUUACAGAUAUCGAAUCAACAACCAGCUCCGAGGAAAAAGAAGAAGGAUAGGCACGCAUACCAUGUUGUCGAAGCUCAAGGCUCUUCUCAAGCAUUCAAUGGAAUGCCACAGGGCGGCGUUCCCCCUUCAGCUUAUCUCAAUGCCGACCCUUCAUCAAUGCCGUCUCCAGGCGGCCAGUUCCUAAAUUCGCCCAUUACGCCCCAGAUGUCCCAAUUUCCUGCCCCUGUGAAUGCGCCGUUUAAUCCUGCGAAUCCCGCCACAUUUAAUGAGUUUGGUGCUGGAACUGGACCCGGGGAUAGUUUCUCUGCCAGUGUGCAGACUUCGGCGCAAGGCCGAGUAGACCCAGAUCAAAUUCCCAGUGUACCUCGAUCGAGAGAUGCGAUAGCGCAGUAUUACCUGAAGAACAUAUACCCAACAUUUGAGCAUCAUCUUCCUCCACCAGCUACAGUGCCAUUCGUUGCUUUUGACCAAGGGAAUGCUUCGCCAAAGUUUGCACGUUUGACAAUGAACAACAUCCCAUCCACGGCAGAUGCGCUGCAUUCGACGGGGUUGCCACUUGGGCUACUCUUACAACCAUUAGCCCCAUUGCAGCCAGGAGAACUCGAAAUACCAGUUUUGGACUUUGGAGAAACAGGCCCCCCUAGAUGUCAUAGAUGCCGUGCAUACAUCAAUCCAUUUAUGGUAUUCAGAUCUGGAGGUAACAAGUUUGUGUGCAACAUGUGCAACUAUGCGAACGAUGUGCCUCCGGAAUACUUUAGUGCGAUCACACCACAAGGGGCUAGAGUUGAUAGGGAGCAGAGGCCUGAGUUGAUGCGAGGUACUGUGGAGUUCUUGGUUCCGAAAGAAUAUUGGUCGCAAGAGCCGGUGGGUUUGAGAUGGAUUUUCUUGAUCGAUGUAGGCCAAGAAGCGCUGAACAAGGGUUUUUUGGAAGCAUUUUGUGAAGGUAUUUUGGCAGCUUUGUAUGGAGGUAAUGAUUCAACUGAAGAGGAUGGAUCUUCGAAGCGCAAAAUCCCCGAAGGAUCAAAGGUCGGAUUUGUAACCUUCGACAAGGACAUUCACUUUUAUAACAUGAAUCCUGCACUAGAUCAAGCUCAAAUGUUGAUCAUGCCGGAUAUUGAGGACCCAUUUGUUCCCCUUAGUGAUGGACUUUUCGUGGAUCCGUAUGAAGCAAAGUCCAACAUUACAUCUUUACUGAGUCAACUCCCACAAAUCUUCUCUCAAGUCAAAAAUCCUGAGCCAGCAUUACUUCCUACUAUUAAUGCAGCGAUGGCAGCUCUUGAGAAGACUGGAGGAAAGAUUGUGUGCUCUCUGUCGGCUCUUCCAACCUGGGGACCUGGCAGGUUGUUCCUCCGUGAUGAUGGGAAACAGCAUGGCGGAGAACAAGACAAAAAGCUAUUUACAACUGAGCAUCCUGGCUGGAGGAAAGCAGCAGAUAAGAUGGUUGCAACUGGAGUUGGUAUCGACUUAUUUCUUGCUGCUCCUGGUGGUGGUUAUCUUGAUAUUGCAACAAUUGGUCAUGUUGCUGCUGCCACUGGAGGAGAAACAUUCUACUACCCCAACUUCGUUUCUCCAAGAGAUAAUGAGAAAUUGUCGCAUGAAGUUGUGCGCUCUGUUACACGCGAGACUGGAUAUCAAGCGCUGAUGAAGGUCCGAUGUUCCAAUGGUCUGCAGAUCUCUUCAUACCAUGGCAAUUUCAUCCAACAUACCUUUGGAGCUGAUAUUGAAUUUGGCGUUAUUGACGCAGAUAAAGCUAUGGGAGUCUUAUUCAGCUAUGACGGAAAGUUGGAUUCCAAGUUGGAUGCACACUUUCAAAGUGCUCUACUUUACACUACAGCUAGUGGUGAGCGAAGAGUUAGGUGCUCGAAUGUUAUCGCUAGCGUGAGCGAUCAACCUAAGGAUUGUAUGAACUUUGUGGAUCAAGAUGCCAUUUAUGCGUUGAUUGCUAAAGAGGCGGCAUCGAAAAUGCUUGCACAUUCAUUAAAGGAAAUUCGAGGUGCCCUUUCAGAGAAAAACGUCGAUAUCUUGGCAGGAUAUCGCAAGAAUUUUUCGGGAUCUCAUCCUCCAGGGCAAUUGGUUCUACCAGAGCACCUCAAAGAAUUCAGUAUGUAUAUUCUGGGUCUUGUCAAAUCUCGCGCCUUUAAAGGCGGACAAGAACCUUCCGAUCGCCGGGUUCACGACGCACGUAUGAUCAAAAGUAUGGGUGCUCUAGAGCUUUCUCUAUACCUUUAUCCUCGCAUGAUCCCAAUUCACAACCUUGCCCCCGAAGAUGGGUUUGCAAAUGAAGACGGACACCUUAGGAUGCCGCCCUCAGUAAGAGCUUCUUUCGCCAGAGUUGAAGAGGGCGGGGUAUACCUUGUGGAUAAUGGACAGAAUUGCUACUUAUGGAUGCACGGCCAAACUUCACCUAAUCUUAUCAUUGAUUUAUUCGGCGAAGACAAAGAUGAUCUCAAGGCAUUGGACCCAUAUCUCUCAUCUCUACCUGUGCUCCAAACUCAUCUCAGCGCCCAAGUUCGAAACAUACUAGAAUAUCUGAAGACAAUGCGUGGAGCGAAAGCUCUGACAAUUCAACUUGCAAGACAAGGUCUCGACGGUGCAGAGUACGAAUUUGCCAGAUUAUUGGUGGAAGACAGAAACAAUGAGGCCCAGAGCUAUGUAGAUUGGCUGGUUCACCUACAUCGGCACGUACAGUUGGAGUUGACCGGCCAAAGGAAAAAGGAUGAUAGCGGGGAUAAUUCUUCAAUAACAUCGAAUUUUGCAGGGUUGAGACCUCCUUACUGGUAAAUUAUGAUGUUAUGAUGGAAGAAGAAAAGUGUACGGCGUAGUUCAAAUCCGAAAAGAAAAUAGGGAAUUUUGGAGUCGGAUUUUGGGAGGGGGAGGAAAUGGAACUGUGGUGUGACAGUAUAUGUGAUUAGCGUGCAUAAAAAAUCAGUCAACAUUUAACAUCCAAAUUUCGAUCCCGAUUUAAACCCUUAUUUCUUA